GCGUAGCUGUAAUCGGACACCCGAGCGCUCGCCCUUGCGCCGGCCACUUUCCAUUCACUCCCGAGUGCUUGAUUGAGCGACGCGGAGCAGGGCUCCGGGUGCCGCGCCGCUUCAACGCUGAGGAUUCCUUUACAAAGGAACUCAGAAGGCAGGAAAGAAAGAAUUUCAUCGCUGGGACGCCCUAGAAAUUGCGGUCUUUUAGGAAAAGGGCUAGAAACGGGGAUCCAAACCUGUAGCGCAUUGACGACUUUUCCGCGCUGAUCUCUUUCCGCCUCGGUAUUUUCCCUUGGAUACUAACUUGCAAAUGUGAAGAAAUGGCAUUCCAGGCAGUUUGCAUCUUGGUUGGAGUAUUUGUUUGUUCUACCUAUGUGAAAGGAUCGCCUCAGCCCCAAGCAAGAGUUUACUUAACAUUUGAUGAGCUUCGAGAAACCAAGACAUCUGAAUACUUCAGCCUAUCCCAACACCCUUUAGACUACAGGAUAUUAUUAAUGGAUGAAGAUCAGGACCGGAUGUAUGUGGGCAGCAAAGAUCACAUUCUUUCCUUGAAUAUUAACAACAUAAGUCAAGAACCUUUGAGUGUUUUCUGGCCAGCGUCUGCAAUCAAAGUCGAAGAGUGCAAAAUGGCUGGCAAAGAUCCCACACAUGGCUGCGGGAACUUUGUCCGUGUAAUUCAGGCCUUCAACCGCACACAUUUGUAUGUCUGUGGGAGUGGUGCUUUCAGCCCAGUCUGUGCUUAUUUGAACAGAGGGAGGAGAUCAGAGGACCAAGUUUUCAUGAUUGACUCCAAGUGUGAAUCUGGAAAAGGACGCUGCUCUUUCAACCCCAAUGUCAACACAGUGUCUGUUAUGAUCAAUGAAGAGCUUUUCUCUGGAAUGUAUAUAGAUUUCAUGGGGACAGAUGCAGCUAUUUUUCGAAGUUUAACCAAGAGGAAUGCAGUCAGAACUGAUCAACACAAUUCCAAAUGGCUAAGUGAACCUAUGUUUGUGGAUGCACAUGUCAUACCAGAUGGCACUGAUCCAAACGAUGCUAAGAUAUAUUUCUUCUUUAAAGAGAAGCUGGCUGACAAUAGCAGAAGUACAAAACAGAUUCAUUCCAUGACUGCUAGGAUAUGUCCCAAUGACACGGGUGGACUGCGUAGCCUUGUCAACAAGUGGACUACUUUCUUAAAAGCGAGGCUGGUGUGUUCAGUAACUGAUGAAGAUGGCCCAGAGACACACUUUGAUGAAUUAGAGGAUGUGUUUCUGCUGGAAAUGGAUAACCCAAGGACAACACUAGUGUAUGGCAUUUUUACAACAUCAAGCUCAGUCUUUAAAGGAUCAGCAGUAUGUGUGUAUCAUUUCUCUGAUAUACAGACUGUGUUUAAUGGGCCUUUUGCACACAAAGAAGGGCCCAAUCAUCAGCUGAUUUCCUACCAGGGGAGAAUUCCAUAUCCUCGCCCUGGAACUUGCCCAGGAGGAGCAUUUACACCCAAUAUGCGAACCACGAAGGAGUUCCCGGAUGAUGUUGUCACUUUUAUUCGGAACCACCCCCUCAUGUACAAUUCCAUCUACCCAAUACACAGAAGGCCCUUGAUUGUUCGUAUAGGCACUGACUAUAAGUACACAAAAAUAGCUGUGGAUCGAGUGAAUGCUGCUGACGGUACAUACAAUGUCCUGUUUCUUGGAACAGAUCGGGGCACUGUGCAGAAGGUGGUGGUUCUUCCUACUAACAGCUCUGCUCGCGGUGAGCUCAUUCUGGAGGAGUUGGAAGUCUUUAAGAAUCAUGCUCCUAUAACAACAAUGAAAAUUUCAUCCAAAAAGCAACAGCUGUAUGUGAGCUCCAAUGAAGGACUCGCCCAGGUGUCUCUGCAUCGCUGCCACAUCUACGGGUCAGCCUGUGCUGACUGCUGCCUGGCAAGGGAUCCUUACUGUGCCUGGGAUGGCCAUUCUUGCUCUAGGUUCUAUCCAACCGGAAAGCGGAGGAGCCGAAGACAAGAUGUGAGACAUGGCAAUCCACUGACUCAAUGCAGAGGGUUUAACCUAAAAGCAUACAGAAAUGCAGCUGAAAUUGUUCAGUAUGGAGUAAAAAAUAACACCACUUUUCUUGAGUGUGCCCCCAAGUCUCCACAGGCAUCUAUCAAGUGGUUGUUACAAAAAGACAAAGACAGGAGAAAAGAGGUCAAACUGAAUGAACGAAUCAUAGCCACUUCGCAAGGACUCCUUAUCCGCUCUGUUCAGGAUUCUGACCAAGGACUGUAUCACUGCAUUGCAACAGAAAACAGCUUCAAGCAGACCAUAGCCAAAAUCAACUUUAAAGUUUUAGAUUCUGAAAUGGUGGCAGUUGUUACAGAAAAAUGGUCUCCGUGGACCUGGGCCAGCUCUGUGAGGGCUUUACCCUUCCAUCCGAAGGACAUCAUGGGGGCUUUCAGCCACUCAGAAAUGCAGAUGAUUAAUCAGUACUGCAAAGACACUCGGCAGCAGCAUCAACAGGGAGAAGAAUCUCAGAAGAUGAGAGGGGACUACGGCAAGUUAAAGGCUCUCAUCAAUAGCCGGAAAAGUAGAAAUAGGAGGAAUCAGCUGCCAGAGUCAUAAUGUUGUCUUAAAUGGGGCUUAUGCUUCCAUUAAUAAAGGUCUGUCUUCAGUGAUCAAAUUUUUAGUAAAGAAUCUUGUGCUUUACCCAUGGGAAAUUCCUGAAGAAGGUGGUUUCUCACUGAGAAAGGUGAAUGUUACAUGAACUAAAAUGAGUAUGCAUUUUCUUGUAUGAUAUUGACAACCCUAGACAUGUCAUGGUCCUCAUGGUGCAUAGAAAGAUUUAACUUAACCUAGAUUUUAUUUAUAUCUUUAUGUACCUUUUCUUCAAAAUCAAUAUGGCGUCUAUGAAACUAGAAUUCUUACAUCCCUUAAUUGAAUGAGGGCUAUAACCUGUGAUCUUCCAUCCUUGCUUUAAGGAUUUAGAUUUCUAAUUGACAGUCAUCUGUAUACAAAAACAAAUGCCAAGUUCACAAUUUUUACAUAGUAAAAGUGAAAUAAAUGCAUGUAACAGAGUCAAAAGAAACGUAGAGUAAAAAACAAAGACAAGGAAGAGGGAAUCUAAAAGUUGCAUAAAACACUAGCAAUUCACUAAAAGAUAAUAUGGAGUUUAUAUGCUUCCACUGAAAUAUCGUAUUAGUUAUUUUUAUGAUGGCAAAAAUUGUCAGUUGCUCAUAUCCGUCACUGAUCUCUGUUCCCUUGUUUCAGGAAGAUAAAAGGAACCCUCACCAUUAUCUGACUGCAGUUAUGUCAGUGAAGCUUUUAAGUUUAUAUUGUUAUAUAGUCAUCUUCCAAACAAAAGCACUUUCCUUUUUGGAAGAUAUUUAAGUUAUUUUAGACUCAGAGAAUAUAAUCUUGCACAGUUUAAUCGAUUAAUAUGUUUAUUCUAAUUUUCUAGUUUGCAUGGCAAGUUAAAAAAUAUAAGAAGAAAAAUUUUUUGAAAUACCAAACUUGUAUAUGAGGUCUAAAACCAUCAAAAUGGGAGAAAAAAGAAAAACAAGGUUAAAAAAGCAAUUUUAUUGACAGAAGUUUAUUAAAAAUAUUACUAAUUUUUAACUCCAGUAAUUAAUUUCAUUGAUUAACUUACAUUUAUUUACCAACCUCAGAUACCAUAUUGAAUUUUAAGUCACCAAUUCUUUUUUUUAAUGCUCUUUUGUAUAUGCUGGAGAGACGCUCAUCUUAUGGAAAAGUGAAAAAAUUUCUAAUUUGAACAAAAAUAGACAUACUUUAUCUUAAAAGAAUGUUGAUACAUCAUAUUCACUGGUAUAUAAAUACAAAUGUGGUAAGUCUGUGAUGAAUAAAAUAACUAUCUUCUUAUUAUAUACUUGGAUCCUGUGUUUAGAGUAAUUUAAUAUUUUUUUAUUCCAAAUACCAAUUCGAUAGAAGUAUAAAAUUUUCUUCGUAUCUUCAUAUUUCUUUUAAAAAUACAACUUUUGUUGUUUUGUUUUACAUUUAACAAUUUCCAUGUUUCCAGGUGCGAAGAGAAAUUAUAUAAUAUACCUAAUCAAAAUCUAAUACAAAAGUUUUAUUUGUAGUUAAUAAUCCAUAAAGAAAGUAAUCAAGAUAAAUAUAUUACUUUUCUAAGCACUACAGUAUAAAAUGUCAAGAACUAAAAUCAUUGUCAAAAUGAAUCUAAUCACUUAUCAGAAUCUAAGAAUAUGAGUUAUUAUUUAAAUGGUAAAUUAUGAUAUUACAAGGGGAGGCCUCAAUGGAGCAAAAGUAGCAGUAACAAACACAGCAUAAAUAAUGUUUCUUCAAAAAUAGAGGUAUUAAUAAAAGCUAUUGUUCCAAAUGUGUAUAUGAUUCUAAAGAAGUUUGUUAUACAAAUAGUUCUUUAUUUCCACUCUACACGCACAAAUAGAAAUGUGUGUAAAGCUGAAACCAUAUUCUGUGUUCAUGCUCAAUCUAUUCUAUGUACAGAGUUAAAAGUAAAAUUGUUUUAGACUCAGAGGAUAAAGUAAAUUAUACAGGUCCCCUUGCUUCAUGUAAACGCAAACUGAUAGACAAUAAGGGUGUUUAGUUUUAUAACAUUAUUUGUGCUAUUUAAUGCCUUCUGCUUUAAACAUUAUUACAUUGUAUAUACUUUUAUCACUUUACUUUUAAAAUUAUAGAGACCCUUCUUGAACAAAACUGCCAAAUGUAAAGAAAAUUUUCUUCCUCAAAAAUACUGUUAACACAUACUAAAUGUUGGUGGUUGAUUGGUUGAUUUUAUUUUGUGUAGUUUGACAAUUCAAUGACUUGAUAUGUUUUUCAUUUGUAUUGUACAUAAAAUUUCCUAGAAAUGCACUUUUUUUCAAAGUGUAGGUUUGUGACUAGAUUUUAGCAUGAUGAAACUGUCAUUACAGUGAAUGUUCACCCUCUGUAAGGAAAUGUAGUUAGCGCAGUAAUAUUUAAUUGGAUAUUGAAGAAAUCAUGUGCCUGGCAAAAUAAAACAUAUUGAAUUCCCCAAA